UAUAUACCAACCUAAACACGUUGCGUGUAUCCGUCAGAGAUAAGUGCAUGUUUUCUUUUCUUUCCAAAAUGGAGAUUCAACACUUACCCUUCAUCAUCUUCAUCUCACUUGUGCUUCUCCUCUCCCCUUUCUUCCUUCUUUUUCAAAAAUGGAAAACAUCAAAAUCCCCAAACAAAAAAUUGCCUCCUGGACCAUGGAGGCUACCUCUUAUAGGAAACAUGCACCAAUUAAUUAGUGACCUACCACAUCGUUCUCUUAGAAAUCUAUCGAGAAAAUACGGCCCGAUUAUGCACUUAUGUCUUGGGGAAAUCUCAGUAAUUGUUGUAUCUUCACCAGAAAUGGCAAAAGAAAUCAUGAAAACACAAGACCUGAUUUUUGCAACUCGACCAAAAAUUAUGUCAGUAGAUAUCAUAUUUUACAAUGCCACAGACGUAGGAUUUUGUCCAUAUGGUGAUUACUGGAGAAAUAUGCGCAAAGUUUGCCUCCUGGAACUUCUUAGUGCAAAGAUGGUCAAAUCAUUUGAUUCAAUUCGACAAGAAGAGAUGUCAAGUCUCAUUUCAUCUAUCCGUUCGACGCCAGCCGACUCAUUGAUCAACUUAUCUAAUAGAAUAUUUUGGUUUACAAAUUCGGUAACGUGUAGGUCAACAUCUGGAAAAGUCGUACAUGAUCGAAAUAAGUUAAUAAUGUUGGUAAAAAAUAUAUAUUCAUUAUGUGGAGGAUUUGACUUAACUGAUUUGUUCCCUUCACAAAAGUGGCUUCACAAUAUCAGUGGAAUGAAGUCCAAAUUGUCGAAGGCACACUCAAAGGUUGAUGAAAUCUUGGAGAAAAUUAUUAAUGAUCAUCGAGAUAACCGAGCAAAAGGUAAGAAAUGUAAUGGUGAGUCUGGAAAUGAAGAUUUGGUAGAUGCUUUACUUAGAGUAAUGGAGAGUGGAGAAUUUGGAUUAACUAUCACAAACCAGAACAUUAAAGCAGUCAUUCUUGACAUGUUUGCUGCUGGAACUGAAACAGCUUCUGCAACAAUUAUCUGGGCAUUUUUAGAAAUGGUUAAAAAUCCAAGUGUCAUGGCGAAAGCACAACUUGAGGUGAGAGAACGAUUAAAUGGAAAAAAAGCAUUUGAUGUUAAUGAUUUGGAAGAGUUUAACUAUUUGAAAUUAGUGAUCAAAGAAACAUUAAGGUUACAUCCUCCGGCUCCUUUAUUACUCCCAAGGGAAUCCAGAGAAGAAACAAAGAUCGAUGGGUACACUAUACCUGUCAAAACAACAGUCUUGGUGAAUGCGUGGGCAAUUGGGAGAGAUCCCAAAUAUUGGCAUAACUCAGAAAGCUUUAUACCUGAGAGAUUUGAGAAUAGUACUAUUGAUUUCAGAGGAAAUCAUUUUGAAUUUAUUCCGUUCGGUGCAGGGAGGAGAAUGUGUCCGGGAAUAUUAUUUGGUCUAGUUAAUACUGCACAUCCUUUAUCUCAGUUACUUUAUCACUUUGAUUGGAAGGUUCCUGAUGGGGUUAAUCCAAAUGACUUGGACACGAUCGAAACAGAAGGAUUAACGGCAAGAAGAAAGAGUGAUCUUUGUUUGAUUGCUACUCCUUUUGGCAUCUCUUAAUAAAAAUAGAGACAUAAGAACUUUGAUGCUUAUUUAAAGUAGUUGCAUAUUUCACUGGUUACUACAUGUUUAUAGUCCAGUGAUCAAUAAGUUGAUAAUAGUGUAUUGUAUAAUAAAGUAAUUUGCUUCUUGUAUACAUGAUAUAUAUGUAUUUUUCUUA